AUGUCUGACCAGAACUACGCCGACGUUGAGAAGGACCAUGCUGGCCCGGGCAACUCGGUCAAUGGUAACAGACAACAUUAUGACCUUCAUCACGAUCACCAUGAUUCAGAUACAGCUCUGAAGAGGCUGAGAACCGCUGGCUCGCUUUCUAUCACACCCGAGCUCUUCGAGAAGAUCUAUCUGUCACCCAAGAACCAGGUGUCAAACAACAUUCGAUCAACUUUUGGCAACCCUACACCUUUGGCUCUCGUUGGUUUCCUACUUUCACUGACGCCCUUGUCGAAUAUCUUGAUGGGAUGGCGUGGCGCUGGUGGCCUCGGAGCCGCUGAAGUCGGUGCCUACUAUUUCUUCGGUGGCCUUCUCAUGAUUCUUGGCUCGUUCCUCGAAUUCAUCCUGGGCAACACCUUUCCAUUCGUCGUCUUCGGCUCAUUCGGAGCUUUCUGGCUUACUUUCGGAGCUACCUUGACACCUUUCUACAACGCAGCCAUCGCCUACCAGCCCGAUGAGCCUGGCACAGCGACCACCAACCCGACCUUCAACGCCACUUUCGCGUACUUCCAGCUCUACAUGGGUGUGCUCUGCUUCAUCUACUUCAUCGUCUCGCUCCGCACGAACAUCAUCUUCGCCUUGAUCUUCCUGCUGCUCGUCCCAUCUUUCGGUUGCCUUACGGCUGUCUUCUUCUAUGGCGCUCUCGGCGAGGCUGCACCAACUCUGCAACUCACCGCUGGUGCUCUGACUUUCGUCAUAUGCCUGUUAGGGUGGUACUUAUUCUUUGUGCAGCUGCUGGCCGCUGUCGACUUCCCACUCAACCUCCCAGUGGGUGAUCUCAGCAGGUUCAUCAAGGGUGCCAGUGAGCGUACGAAGGAGGCUUAG